UAAAAGACAUACAUACCCAUAUUUGGACAUGGUAAUUACCGGAUGGGCGAGGUCACCUGGCUGCGUCAGAUCCGAAGCUACCUGCUGAAGACCAUUUCCUCAAUUUGCGGCUGAGACGCUGGAAGGAACAGCUGUGUUAUACUUUAAAGACUUCGAAGGAUUAAGUCGCUGAAGGAUUUUACGAGGCUUUUAGCGUGUCGAAUGGCGUGUGUAAGGAUUGUGCGAUUGGGAGUUAUCGUAUUUCUUUGUCAGGUAUUGUCGUGUGGAUAUGCGGAGGAGUCGACAUGUACACCUGGGUUUGAGUCGGAGUUAUUCGUUUUUAAAGUGCACAGAGAUCACCUUCACAGGGGGAAAAGACUAGGAAGAGUAAUUUUCAAUAACUGUGAUGGAAGAACAAGAACGCUCUUUCAGUCCGUUGACAAGCGGUUUGAUGUGAACACGGAGGGGACUGUUACGCUGAAGAGACAAGUGACUCUUCAUGAAGGCCACAAGGUGUUUUCUGUGCACGCUCGGGACUCCAAUGGCCAGAAGCACACCGUAUCUGUCAAAAUUGAGCUUGUCCACCAUCAGAAGGAACAUCACAUGGAUACAGUAAUGAACAUCUCCUCUCCAGAGAUGGAAUUGCCCUCUGAUCAGGUGCUGACUUUUCCGAAGUCUUCAACGGGUCUAAAGAGAGCGAAGAGAGGCUGGGUUAUUCCUCCAUUCAAUGUACCUGAGAACAGCAGAGGUCCUUUCCCAAUGAAGCUGGUCCAGAUAAAGUCAGACUAUGCCUCGGAAAUUCAAUUGGUAUACAGCAUCACAGGUGAAGGAGCAGAUGUGGACCCAAAGGGGAUUUUCACUGUUGAAAGAUUAUCAGGGAAUCUCUUUGUCACUCAGCCACUCGACAGAGAAAAAAAAGCUGCAUACACACUUAUAGCUCAUGCUAAAGGGCUUGAUGUGGCAAGUAUAUCAGAAAAACCGAUGGAAAUUGUUAUCAAUGUGAUCGACCAAAAUGAUAAUAAGCCUGUGUUUACUCAAAAUCCUUUUAAUGGACAAGUUCCUGAAGCUGCUAUAAAAGACUACGAGUUUAUGACAGUCACAGCCACUGAUGCAGAUGACCCAAUUAUGGAAAAUGGUAUAAUCAGAUACUCGAUUGUCAGCCAAGAGCCACAACUUCCAAAACCAAACAUGUUUGAUAUCAACUCUUCAACUGGAACCAUUCGUGUGCGAGAACCAGGCAUGGACAGAGAGCAAUGGCCCAAAUAUACUUUGUUAAUUGUGGUUGCUGACAUGGAAGGAAAUGGUUUGUCAACGACUGGCACAGCUGUUAUUACUAUUACUGACAGCAAUGAUAACCCUCCUCAGUUUGAGCAAACUUCGUACAUCGCAUCUGUCCCAGAGAAUAAAGUAGGGCAUGAAGUGGUCAAACUAACAGUUACUGAUGGAGAUGAAAUUGGGUCACCGGCCUGGUCAACCAAGUAUCGGAUUAUUAGCGGUGACAAGGGUGGGUUUUUCAGUGUCACUACUGGACCCAGCCAGCUGGAGGGCAUCAUCAGCACUGUAAAGCCCCUGGACUUUGAGAAGACCAAGCAGUACAUUCUGUCUGUGAUUGUUGAGAACGAUGAUCCAUUUGUUGGUUCUUUGCCCACUUCCACUGCCACAGUCACAGUCAAUGUAGAAGAUGUGAAUGAACCUCCCGAGUUUAAUCCAAAGGAGAGGGUUAUUUUCAAACCUGAAGAUACACCAGUUGAUUCUGAAUUGGUUACUUAUACAGCCACUGAUCCGGACAUUGGAAAAUCGCAGAAGAUAUUGUAUAAAAUGGGUAAUGAUCCUGCUGGCUGGCUAAGUGUGUCUCCAGAGACCGGAGUGAUUAAAGUCAGAACCCUUAUGGAUAGAGAAUCUGCUUAUGUCAAAGAUGGAAAAUACAAAGCUGUCAUUUUGGCUGUGGAUGAUGACGCAACAUCUCCAGCAACUGGCACAGGAACCCUGGUAAUUGAUUUGGAGAAUGUAAAUGACAACGCUCCUUUUAUUAAUGAAAGGAAUAUAAAAGUUUGCAAUCGUGGAUCAGUUUCUCUCUCUAUAACGGACAAAGAUGGACCUCCUUUUGGUGCACCCUUUAGUGUUCAGACCCAAGGAGAAACUAGUAAAAACUGGUCCAUCUUGAUGAAUGAAACAUCAACUGGAGUUCUUCUGCAAAUGAAGACUGCAUUGGAGCUGGGGGACUACAAUGUUGUCCUGAGAGUGUAUGAUCAACUUGAGCUGUAUCAGGACAGCUCCAUUCAAGCAACUGUGUGUGACUGCAUAGGAGAUGAAAAGCAGUGUUCUGCUGAGAAGCAGAUAGCAGGGAUGCCAUUAUCUGGAGUGCUUGGGAUCCUGGGAGGAAUCUUGGCUCUACUGUUGCUCGUUCUUCUUCUGCUUUUGUUCAUGAGGAGGAAAAGCAAUACCAAAAAAGAACCCCUCCUCCCUGAAGAUGAUUUAAGAGACAACAUCUACUAUUAUGAUGAGGAAGGCGGUGGAGAAGAUGAUCAGGAUUUUGAUUUGAGUGUGUUGCAUCGUGGCUUGGACAACAGACCUGAAGUGUUCCGAAAUGAUGUGGCACCCACUUUCCUCCCAGCACCUCAAUAUAGACCACGACCAGCCAACCCUGAGGAGAUUGGGACAUUCAUUGAUGAUAAUCUGAAGGCUGCGGAUAACGACCCCACAGCACCCCCCUAUGACUCCCUCCUGGUGUUCGACUAUGAAGGCGGAGGCUCUGAUGCAGGUUCACUCAGCUCCCUGAACUCUUCCAGCUCAGGACACGACCAAGACUAUGACUUCCUCAAUGAGUGGGGCCCACGCUUUAAGAAGCUGGCAGACAUGUUUGGAGGAGGAGAGGAUUGAGCCUUUUUGUUUUUUUUUUAUAUUUCCCUUCCUGCGCAAGAGGCACACUGGUUUAUAAGUGCACAAAUUUGACAAUUUUUUUAUACUUCACUUCAUGGUCUGGUGAUACUAUGUUUAAAGUUGGAACUGGAAUAAUAGCACUGUUUAUGCAUCAGCAUAAACAAAACGAUUCUUUGAGUUGAAGUGUUUUCUUUUCAUGGGAGCAGCCCCCCCCCCCCCCUUUUGUUUUUGUUUUUUCUUUGUUUUUCUUGUUCCCUCUUUAAAUGAAGCUCCUAAUUGAAAAGACUUUCAAUAUUUGCUCUGAUUGCUCGGUAGGUAAGAAGCUAUUAUAUGGCUUGAGACUUUUGUCCAAAGCCGUUUAACUGUAUAUUUUAUGUAAUGCUUUUGUUACCUUUUGUUAACUUUGGCAUUAAAGAUUGAUCUGAAGCAUGAAUGAUGCAGUAAAUGUACCAUUUUUGAAGAGCACUGAUUUUUCAAAAACUUUUGUAUGAUAUUUGCAGGUGUCUUAUUGCUAUCCUUUUUUCUUUCCCCUAUCAGCUACAAGGAUGUUAUUGACGUUUUGUGUUUUAUAGUUAUGAUUUAGGCAAUGUUUUGCACUGCAUAUUUUAUUAAACAAAUUACUUUUA